AUUUUAAAAGCAUUUAUAAUAAUGGAUAAAACUUUCUCAAUAGCACAAACUUUGGAUCUUCCUGAAGAGAAUAAUCUACACAUAAUUCCCCUAGCAAACAAUUAUUCAAUUUUGGUUUAUGUCGAUACAACAACUUUUGCAACAAAAACAAGAAACCCCAAAACACUGUCAAAUGUAACUAAUAGUGAAUCAACAAAAUAUCAGCCGAAAAAAUGUGUCAUGGGUUGCGAAUAUACAACUACAACAUUUUUUCAUAGAGUUCCACAAGAUGAAGAAAGCCUGGAAAUAUGGAGAAAGAAACUGAAGUUAGAACAUUUAAGAAAAUCCCACAGAAUAUGCAACAAACAUUUUAACAAAAGGCUUCAAAUUGCUCAAAAGCGUCUACCUAAUUGGGUAGUUCCAGAUUCACCAGAAGUAUCCGAUUCAGAAGAUAACAACACGACAGAAAAAAAGGACAAUGAUACAAGCAAUAUAUGCAACUUGUGGAAAAUCACUCGGAUACCAGAAGAAAAUACUAAAAUUAGAAUAAAAAAUUCAUUAUAUCCUGCAAACAUGAAAAAAGAUAUUCUUGCUUGCAAAUAAUCUAAUUUAUUAAAACAAAAAAAAAUCUCAUACUUGUCAUAUUGAUUUGGUAUUACUUUAAAAAAGAUUGUGUAAACACUAAACAAUUAAGGUUUUUGAUUUUGAUAUCAUAAAAUCAGUUAAUAAUACAUUUUUCAAUAAGAAUUACAUUUUCUGUUUGGAAAUCCUCCUUUAUUUAUUUUGUUAUUAAUUAUUUAAGAUAAUAUUCUAUCUCGCUGCUUGUGUUCAAAUAAUUGUAAUUAAGUUUUAAGAUUUAUUAAUGUGUCAAUAAAUUGAAUUAAAAGGAUACAAA